AUGAGCGCACCGCAUGGGAAGAAGCGGGCGGCUAACAGCUCUCUCGACGGCGAGCAGCGUCUGAGCAAGCGCUUCAACCUGCUGAACCUGGGCAUCGCCGCACGCCUCUACAUCCCCGUACCCAGCUCCACGGACGCAGCCGCAGCAGCAGCAACACCCCCCGCAGCAACACCGCACCCUCUCGCCCCCAAUGCCCCAGCCCCCAGGCGCCAACGGGCCCCCCGGCCCCCCGCCAACGACGAUUCCAUGCACGUCGAAGACACCGCGCACCGCGUGUACAUCCACGACCUAGCCGCCGAGCUGAGCGACACCGACUCGGACUCCGAGAACCCCAUCUUCCUGUCCGACAUCGAGAAGCACCUGUCCAAGAUCCCGCGACACGUGCUCUUAGGGCCCCCGCCCGGGUCGGCCGAGCAUAAGCAGGUGGUGCUGUAUAGUGUGCCUGCGAGCUUGAGCGUGCCCGAGGAGCAGGACAACGUGCGGAAGGCGAUUGUGGAAGCGAGGCAGAGGAUGAGAGAGAGGCAGGCUGGUGGGGUCGCGGAGCCUGAGCGGGUGCCUGAGCGCUCCGGGCGUGCGAGCACAGCAUUGGCAGAGCGGGAGGAAGAGGAAGCGCGAGAGGAAGAUGCGGAUGCCAUGGACCUGGACUGA